ACAUAAAUAAUCAUCCUCAUUAGUAUCAUAUCACUUGGUCAGGCUGUAGCAGAACUACAGCUGAAAAGCAGUAAAAGGAGUGCAGGCCUGUGACUUUUUGGGACUAUUUUUAGAUCACAUUGAAAUAUUUUGCGUUCAUUUGACAGGUAGUAGAGAAUCGGACAGGAAACGUGAAGGCAGAGUGAGGGGGAAGACAUACACUGUUGCUGCCUGUCAAACAAGGACAUUGCAGUUAUUUGGUACGACUUUAACCACUAGGCUACUGUGAUUUGGUUACUCUUGUCUAGGUAUGCAAGUGCCACUUAGUUUUGCUAUUCUUUUGUAUAUAAAUCACAUAAAAAAGAAUGAAAACAUUCCACAGUCAAAUGUGACAUCUUAAAUUGCCUUGUUUUGUCCAACUAACAGUCUUGGAGUUCCCCCCCCGAAAAAUGACUUAAACAAUUAAUUAACUGUCAAACUGGCUGCCAUUUCAUCUUCUGUCAUUUUACUGUUUCAGUUCUACUCUUUAUUGUCUGUGGAUUUUAAAUAUAUCACCUAACAAAAUGUAGCUCUAAGUCACAUUGAGCUUUUGAUGACUGAAACACAUCCUGGAAAUUCAGUGUUGCACAGUAUUCACAUGACACUUUAAGAUGUGUCAUUUAGGCUGUUAUGAUAGUUUUAAAAGUAUGAAAUAUAUCAGUCUCUCCACCUUUUAAUUGGAAUUAUAGUGAUGCUUUUGGAAAUAAAACCAUCAUAUAGUCAGUGCUGAGAGCCAGAUACCUUAAAUAGACUGACUUAACUGUCUCUACGGGAACAUUGUUAUCUUAAAUUCAGCGUUUUGAAGGCUAACCCCAAACACACACUCCUUGUAAAAUGAUGGCAAACCUAUACUCCAGAAUGAUCCACACAGUACCAGAAGCACCUCCCUCAGAUUGAGAGCCGAUAAUUGGCGAGGGCUUAUUUGCAUGCUGAACGGCGUGGAUAUUUAUUUAAAUUUAAUUUCAUUCCAGCGCACGGUGCACUGUAGGCUUCUGUGCCAAAGUCACAUUAACCCCUUCACUAGUUAAUAUGCAGCGCACGCGUUGCCCACGCACGAUGAAUAUUCAUAUUAAUGGCGUUUUCGCCGCCGUCUCUUCGCCCCUCCCUCUCUCCCGCCCCCGGCUAAUAAACGUUAUGGAGUCAUCCCAGAAGACUCAGCUGCUCUCACAGUUGUUUUCUCAAACACAAAUAAACGGCUACGUCUUUCUGCUAUUUCUAGCGUUUGUGUCGCUGGACGCCGCCGAACCGAUGGCAUGUAAUGCUCAGCUGCCAAGCAGAGACCGCGCUCUGAAAGGAAGAAAAGAGAAAAUGGUUGUUGCAGACAAGCAUGCAGUCAAUGGGAAUCCCACUGUGGAGCCUUUUCCAGAAGGCAUGGAGACCAUCAUGUUUGGUAUGGGCUGUUUCUGGGGAGCCGAGAGACUUUUCUGGCAGAUUCCAGGGGUCUUCUCCACACAGGUGGGCUUUGCCGGUGGCUUUACAGCCAACCCCACGUACCAGGAGGUCCGCACAGGUCUGACGGGUCACACUGAGGUGGUCAGGGUGGUCUUCUCCCCAAAAGACAUCAGCCUUGAGGAACUGCUCAAACACUUUUGGGAGAGCCAUGAUCCUACACAAGGUAUGAGGCAGCAGGAGGACCAUGGUACUCAGUAUCGUUCAGCCAUUUACACAUCCAGUCCCGCUCAACAGCAGCUUGCACUGAACAGCAGAGAGGCCUUCCAGCAGAAGCUGGAUAAAAAAGGCUAUGACCCCAUCACCACAGAGAUCCUGGAGGGGCAGCAGUUCUACUACGCUGAGGACUAUCACCAGCAGUACUUGAAGAAGGUGCCUAACGGCUACUGUGGGCUCAAAGGCACCGGGGUCUCUUGUCCUAUUGGAGCCAGGAAGGAUGAACUGUGAGGGAUGUGUAGUGGGAAAGAAAAAGAUCAGGUGUGGACCAGGGCACAGGUGCAGGUGCAACCUCUCGGGGCUUAUUUUAGUAUUGGGGCAGAUAUUUUUGCAUGUAUCUGCAUGCAGCAGCCGUGUGUGUUUGUGUGUCGGGGCAUGUGAAGCUGUGGCUUGCUUGAUCGAACCGCGCUGAGUGGUAUGUGGUUGGGCCAGCUAGCUGUUUUCCAACACCCGUCUAUAUUUUUGCAUGCCGUUGUGUUUUGUUGAGUGUGUGAGAGGAGAUAACCUUUUAAUAAACUGAACAUCGUUUCCUGGGCUUUGAUUAGAGGAUGACAUGAAAGCUUGAAUCACACAGUGAUGUCAGUUUUUCCACCAUCUACUUGAACAAGAAGUGCAUGAUUCUGUUAAUUGCUGCCGCAUUAUAUAGAAGGGAUUAUCACAAACUAAGGUUUUGAGUCAGUUAUAUGUAGGAAGACACUUGCUGUGAGAAAUUACUAAGCUUAAUGCAGACAUUUAGAAGUAGCCAUAUGAGUAAGUUUUCUGUGUAUUCCUUUGUAAUAGAUUAAAAUGGGGCAUGGAAAUGCAUGGUACUCUCAUAUACGCAUCCAUACACAAACGCAGUGAAGCAGAGUAGGACAGGAACCAGGCUGUGUGUGCCCUUCAGACAGCGCCUAUUGUCUGCAGAUGGGCCUUUAAUGACCCCACAGCUGGCCACAAAGAGAAUACCGCUUCAGCUUGCUGUUAUGCCUCUCACAGGCCUAUACUCAGUCACUCUGAAGAGAGGAGACAACUCACAGGCACAACACCAUGUUCAUGCAUUUGAUAUCUUAUUUUAUUAUCCAUUAAUAUACCCUUUUGAGCAUGUUUUUUUUUUACUGUCUAAAUCUAUAAGCUUAUACAGAGAAAUCAUCACUACAUCAUCUGAGGAAAGGGUUUGCAAAAACAUGUGGUGCUGUGGAAGAGUGGGCUGAAACAAAGAGAGUUGUUUAUCAGAAGUACUCUGCACUCUUACCCACACAUGUGCUCACACACAAUAUAAAUACGCGUCCCAACCACUACCUCUAACUUCGUCCUGUACUGACGCCUAAUGCAAAAGGCAGGCGCCCACGCAAAAGAAAGAAACACACCAAAAAGACACCUUGCAGAGAGAUGCACCCACACAAAUUUCUUGCACUGUGAUGUGUUCUCUAUUGUGUCCUCCUUUCACAGCUUUUCAUUUAUCUUCCCCAUGACAGCUUCAAUAGUUCUUACCAUUUGUAUAUAUAGUAUAGAUAUAUCAUUGAAAGUAGCAUUGUUUUAUGCCUUAUUUCCUCUCUCGAUGCCACCAUAGGCAGCAAAAUAAUUUGUUUUUGUAGGACACCAACACAGUUGUAUAAAUAGAACAAUAGCCGUGUGGCACAUUCUGCUGCUGUGCUACCAGCUGUAGAACUGCUUUGCCUUCUUGUCCUGCAUCCUGAUAUAAUGACUUUUUUUUAGAUUGUUGUGGUGGUAGGCACGCAGUUGGAGUGUUGGCGUGUGUGGCCAUGCAUAUAUUCUGCAGAGGUAAACCAGAACUAGCAUUUUUCUAUAUGUCCUGUGCAUUUCUCUCAUGAUGGCAUGAGUGAGUGUGCAAGGUUUUGCUGAUCCCAGAUGUGUUUGUGUCCUCUCCCGUGCUCUCCCUUCCCCUCCCUCUGGUUCCUGCAUGGGCGCAGGGUCUCAAUCAGAGCAUCAGGGCUCCAGGAACUGGAGCACAGCAGUCUCUCUGUGCUGCCCAGAGAAGUGCAGCCUUGUCUGGGUCAGUGCAUCUGUGGCCUGGGGGAAGAGGGUGAACCCUAGUGCCCCUGCAUGCUGGUUUCAUUCGAGGUCUUCUCCACUGGUGCAGCCUGACCCCUGAACUCAAGUUUAUUCCAAAUACUUUAAAUCUGCACGUAGCUAGAAAAGCUCCUGUGUCUCAGUCAUAUGAAGACUGAUGACAUGUUAAAACAUUUCGACAAACUGUGUCCUCAAACAGGUUAGUUUGGUAUAGCAAAACCCUCAUAUAACCAUGAAAACAAAAAGAAGGACAAGCUCACACACGCUCACACACACAGUUCUUUCCAGUAGAGAAGCUAUCACAAGCCUCUUCUACCUUUCUAAUGGGAAUAGUGGUAGGUUAAGGGUGGGGGGUGGAGGGCAGCACGUGCUGCAGUGCCUAGUUGGCUUGCUAACUGGCCCAGUGGCUUUUUUGGCUGACAGCCCACACUGUGACACUCUGCACCUGGAAGCCUGUGUGUUGUCAGCCAUGCUAGCUAGCACAAGCUACCACCACAUGAUACACAGGAAACACAGAAAUAACUGCUGAGUGUCUUCAGCACAGUAACCACUUACUGGGGGUGUGCUGCUGACAGAAAGGGGUUGAGGAGAUGCGUUAAAGGAAAGUAGAAAACAGGGGAAUACUGGUCUGAAUGGCUCUGGGUGCUGGUAUUACAGAGGAGGAAAAGAAAACUGGACUAGAAAGUGAAAUGCAAAGAUUCUCAGGCAGUUGCACCUGUGCAGUCUUGUGUUACAGGAAGAUUCCACCAGCCUUCGUUAAGUCACUAUGUUCAACUAUAUGGUGCAUUUACAUAUAAACUGGCAUGCAUGUAUCCUGUUGAUCAUGUCGUUUUUAUAAUCAAACCACUACAAAGAUGAUUGUGUAACUGUUUGACAUUUUACAGCUGAGCUGCUGAUGUAAUAGUUCAAUUUCUGAAAAACCUCUUUCUCUCUUAUGUUCAGUUUCUGGCUUUAUCUGCUCUGUCCAUCUGAACCUCACCUCACACAGGUGUCAGAGUGGAGUCAAGUUUGAAUGCUACCGAGAAGCCCUCGAUUAGAACUGAACACAGGAAAGUGUUGUGCAACAUUUUGGGCUUUUUAGGUGGUGAUGUGCUGAUGUGUCACCAUUUUGAGGAAAGAGGGCAGAAAUAGGACACACACACACACACACACACACAUAUACUGCUUGUACUGCAUCAUGCACAAACUGUUUUCUGUAUGUCUGCCACAGCCAGCUAAUUUAUGCCAACGGUGCAGAUUGAAUCUUGGGUUUCUGAUAAGAGCCAUCAUGAGAUGGUGGUGGAAUUGGCUAUCUCUGACUGAAUAUGUGUUUGUUUUUCUGUGUUGGAGAGCGAGAAAGAAAAGGAAGAGAAGAAAUAGAUGUGAAGGAAAUGAGUAGAUGGAGGGAGAGAAAAAGAGAAGGGAGGAGAAAUCAUGCUGGCUGCACCAGGAGGAAGCUGGGUCUGAUGCUUCUCCAUGCAGCUGCUCCCAAACACCCACACUCUUCCUGUUGGAGUGUGCAUGUGUGUUUACUUUUUGUGUAUAGAUUUACAUAAAAGGCCAUGUUAUGCCAGCGGUUAUGCUCUUCAUUAAACAUUUUUGAGGAUUCAGAAAUUAAAUGGAUUUUUAAACCUUGCAUCUUAAAGACAGAUCGUGUUAUUUGCAAUCAAAGAGAAAACUGGUUUAGAACAAAAGGAGUUCAGUGGCACAUGAUGAAAGUUACUGAAAAGUAGGACUUCAGGUACCUUACAGGAGGCGCAAUGUGAAAGAGCUGCCUGACUGAGGCCCUCUCUGUCUUUUCAAAGAAACACUGGCCUCAAAAAACAUCCGCUGGUGGAAACACUGGCCUGGCAGCCAGUGAAUGGAAAGGUUUGAGGUAAGAGUGUGGCCACACUGAGGUGUGUCAGCAGGGUGUACAACUGUGUGGUAAUAUGUUUGAUGGUCUUUUUAAGUUUCCAUCACAACGACAGACAAGACAAAAGGGCUUUUUCAUAAGCCAUACUGCUGUUGCAACUGCAACUGUUGUGACUAGUGGGUUUACUGCAUCUCUCUGUUCAGGUUGACCUCUGACAUGAAUGUCUUCUACAGAUUGCACCACUACAAUUGUUAGCCUAAAUUCCAUUCAGUAACAUGCACUGAGUGAGCAAAUAUACACGCUUUCAGUUUCAUAAUAUUUGCUUCUAUUUCAAAUCCUAGAAAUUGCUUUCCAUGAAAAAACAAGCAAUUACAUAAUAAUAAUGUUAACAGCAAUUUGACAGAAUUUUCAGCAAAAUCAAUAGAAAUUGUGCUGUUGUAAUAGUAUCAACCGGUAAAUUUAAUUGGCAUUGAUAUAUUGAUGUAAGUAUCAUUUUAAAAUGAAAACAACACAUUACUGGCUAUUAGAGAAGACUUUGCCAUCCCAUCAGCUUAAAAUCAACAAAUUUAACUAAAUACACAUUUGCCAUUAAGAUAACGUUGUCAACUCAGCUGUUAAUACAUAUCUAAAUACAAAUUGGCAGCAAGAUUAAAGUACAAACUAACAUAAAAUACAGAUUAUACAGAUCCAUACAAGUCUCUAGUUUAAGUACUCUAUUUUUAUUCCUAUUUAUCUCCUUUCACAAAGAGCAUUCCCUUGUCUGCAUUG